AUGGGUGACUCGAAAGGUGAAUAUAGAGUGGUCAUUGACCAAGAAUUUGAUGAGCAACAAAGACAACGUGACCAAUCUCCAAUACGAUCUCCACAGCAAAGCACUGUUGUUGCCACAUCGAAAGUUCAACUAUCUCCAGCAGUAAGAGCAGCACUUCCCAUCGCUAGUUACUGUUUUGCUUCCAUUCUUAUGACAGUUACCAAUAAAUACGUGCUAAGCGGAUAUGAUUUCAAUAUGAACUUUUUAUUGUUAACUGUUCAGAAUUUGGUGACAGUGAUGUUAUUGCAAUCGUUCAAGUUCCUCAACCUUAUUAAAUUCCGUGAAUUUGAUAAAGAUGAAGCGCGUAAAUGGUUACCCAUUGCCGGCUCAUUGGUUGCCAUGAUCUACACUGGUUCAAAAGCUUUACAGUUUCUUCGAAUUCCUAUUUAUACUAUUUUUAAGAACCUGACAAUUAUUUUGAUUGCUUAUGGUGAAGUCCUUUGGUUUGGUGGUAAAGUAACUAAUAUGAUGUUGAGUGCUUUUGGUUUGAUGGUGCUUUCAUCAGUCAUUGCAGGUUGGGCAGACAUCAGUGAAACUUUAGGUCAAAUUGUGCAAUUGGAUACAACUUUUGUUGGUUAUUUCUGGAUGGCAACCAAUUGUCUUGCUUCAGCCGCAUUUGUACUCUACAUGCGUAAAAGAAUCAAACUCACCAAUUUCAAGGAUUUCGAUACUGUUUUCUACAAUAAUAUCCUCUCUAUCCCACUUUUGAUCAUUCCCAGCUUUAUCUUUGAAGACUGGAGUGCUGAGGGAUUAGCCAAGAAUUUCCCUGCCGAAGUUCGCCAGUCAAUGAUCAUUGCCAUGGUCUUUUCUGGUGUCUCUGCUUUUGCUAUGUCCUAUGCGUCUGCAUGGUGUGUUCGUACAACAUCCUCAACUACUUAUUCAAUGGUCGGCGCUUUGAAUAAACUACCAAUUGCUGCUUCUGGUAUUUUGUUUUUUGGUGAUCCUGCUACCUUCGCUAAUGUCACUGCCAUUAUUGUUGGCUUCAUUGCUGGUUUGGUAUAUUCUGUUGCUAAAACGCUUGCAAAUAAGGCACCUGCUAAUAAUAAGGAAAUUAUUCCCAUGUCAUCCUCCAGUCAAAGUGCAUCCGAUGCUGUUAAGGAUCAUGGUAAACCAUAG